UUUCAACUUAGUGUCACCAACUAUUCAGGAAAUCGUGGGAAGUACGAGCCUCCAAGACUUUUUGAAGGGUAGAAGGAGGCAAAUUUUCCUUGAGGCGGCCAAAUCAGAGGUUUUAUGAUUUACAAAAAAUGUGUUUUGAACUUGAACUAAGACUUUUCAUCUUCUUUUCGUAGCUCACGAUACAAUGCUUUACUCAUUCGUGAGCUGUAUCAGAGCCAAACUGGAUAUUCUGAGUGUAGCUACAAGGACUAUGCGAGAACGGACUAACCUGAGGAUGAAUCUGCCAGAAGGUCUUCAACUUAUUCAUGAUGAAGACAUACCAGAAUUUGAGAUGGAGAUGUAUUUUGAGGUGAAGAGAAGUAAUCAGAUUCUCAUGGUCUUACUAAGCGCUAGUAAAGGUAUAGAAGAAAUAUUCAACAUCACCCUUCUCGCAAGGACCCUUUCUUCGCUUUUAGUGAUAGCAUCUUGCUUAUUUGUCUCUUCAAAAUUGACCUUUGAGGACCCUGAGAUGUACCACCUGGUCGAGUACUGCAGUGGGGCUUUUUUCCAACUAUUCAUGAUAUGCUAUUUUGGCAUAUUCGUUACAGAUGCGAGUAGAGCAUACAGAAACUGCCUUUAUGAGCUAGAUUGGUACAGCUCUAGUAGAAGAUUCAAGCAAUGUAUACUAAUUAUGAUGGAAAGAAUGGACAGACCACUGUAUAUAACACUAGGAAAAUUUUCGCCCUUAACUCUGCAAACAUUUGUUGCUGUUACAAGAAUAUCUUUCUCCUAUGCAACUGUUUUGAAAGCCGUUGACUGAUAUGACACAAAAGUCUAUAUAAUUUUAUUGUUCGUGCAAUGUACUAAUUAAUAAAACAAAAGCUC